AAAGAUUAUAAAACACCCCCACACAUGAUGGAAAAAGCUAGCAACAAAACACUAGGCUGAUUUUUACUCUAUUCCCACGAAAAGCAUCACCACGCACACACUCUCUCCACUCCAAUUUCCUAUUCCCACACACACUAAACAUGGAAAAUUUCGAUGAUGAUUACACAAAUUUUUGGGAAGCCAACAUGUUCCUUCAAACCGAAGAGCUCGGAAGUUAUUUCGACGAGGCUAUAUCGGUGUACUACGACUCGAGCUCGCCGGACGGCGUGCAGUUGUCACCGGCGUCGAAGAACAUAGUGUCGGAGAGGAAUAGGAGGAGGAAGCUUAAUGAGAGGCUCUAUGCUCUAAGAGCUGUGGUCCCAAACAUUACAAAGAUGGACAAAGCAUCAAUAAUUAGAGAUGCGAUUGAGUACAUAAAAUCGCUCCAAGAUGAGGAGAGGAGAAUUCUUGCUGAAAUUUCGGAUUUGGAAUUAAAUGGAGAUUUUUUUGAGAUGGAUCAAGAAGAUGUUACAAACUUUCGUUCUAAGCCAAAAAGGACUAAAGUGGACAAGGCAUCAUCGCCUAUCGAGGUGCUCGAGUUUAGGGUAUCGAAUAUGGGUGAGAAUGUAGUGGUGGUGAGCUUGGCCUGCAGUAAAAGAAGAGACACAAUGAUUAGGUUAUGUGAGGCCUUUGAAUCUUUGAAGCUCAAAAUCAUUACUUGCAGUAUCAAUGCUUUCUCUGGUAGACUAUUCAAGACUCUCUUUCUAGAGGGUAAUGAUGAGGAUAAAGAUGUUCUAAGAGAAAAGAUAGAGGCCGCCAUAGCUGCAGCUAGCUCUAAAUAAUCAUUGUUAAUUAAAGUAGAUAUAUGAUCAUGUUUAAGUGAUUUCAUUUUGCCUCUUUGAGUAUUGAUAGAUUUUUUUUUUUUUUUCAUUUUUGGUCACUAAAUUAUCACAAAUAUUUGCGUGAGACAAUCCAUGAAAUGAUCUCACCCAAAACUCACCUGUACAUUAUAUAUCAUAUCUUGUUUCUUUUUCUUCUUUCUUUCUUUGGUAAUGAAUUGGUUUACUCUCCAAACUUUGGAAUA